GCCCCCACCCGGAUGGGCAUCACGUGGCCCCCAGUUAGCAGCCCAAGAAAAUUCCAGCCCUUGAACACUUAGUCUCACAUGCCCAUCUGCUCAUCCACCCUGACACACUCAGCCUCCCUCAUUCCCCUUCAACAUUGCCCAUCACGUAUCUUUGACACACUCUCUUCAGCUGCUGCCACCUCUUCUUGGGCCACAUUGCCAGCCUUUUCCCCACUGCCCUAUCACUCACCUCAGACCUACCAUGUCCCUGGGGCCGCUGAAAUUCCAGGCAGUGGGUGAAGAGGACGAGGAAGAUGAGAGCUUGGACUCUGUGAAGGCGCUGACGGUCAAGCUGCAGCUGCAGACCCGGCGCCCCUCCUAUCUGGAGUGGACUGCCAGGGUCCAGAGCCAGGCCUGGCAUAGGGCCCAAGCCAGACCUGGACCAGGGAGACCAGGGGCCAUCUGUGGCUUUGACUCCAUGGAUUCUGCACUUGAGUGGCUCCGCCAGGAGCUGCAGGAGAUGCAGGCUCAGGACCAGCAGCUAGCUGGGCAGCUGCUAAGGCUGCGGGCCCAGCUGCAUCGGCUGAAGGUAGACCAAGCCUGUCACCUGCACCAGGAGCUGCUGGAUGAGGCCGAGCUGGAGCUGGAGCUGGAGCCUGGAACUGGACUGGCCCUGGCCCCACCUCUGCGGCACUUGGGCCUCACACGCAUGAACAUCAGUGCCAGGCGCUUCACCCUCUGCUGAGAGGCAUCUGCAUGUGCCCUGGGCCACCUGGGAAGAAGAAAGUGAGCGGGUGUUCCAGAGGGUCCGACACCCGUUACAGGGAGGGGGUACACUCAGAUCUCUGAGAGCUAAAUGCAGACUGCAUGAAACUCCAGCUGUGAGGAGGAAAAGAGCAGCUCAGACCACUAAAUUCCUCAAUAAAAACAUUCUACAUCCAAUCAAAA